AUGGCACAAUACCUUCGCUGCAUUCUCUUCUCAGCUCCCAAUCGGAAGAGAAUAAUAAUGUGGCGCACCGUUCAAUAUUAUGGAGUCUUGAGCUCUUUCAUUAUGUGCUCCAUGAUGUUGGGAGUUUGUUUUUAUACUAUGUAUGAUCUCUUCGAUGAAAUUGAUGAGUUCGAGCGAAAGGUUGACCGUGAGCUCAAAGAGUUCAAGGAAUAUGCUGAUGAUGCUUGGAAUGUUAUGCUAACUCAAUCAACUGGUAGCUCUCGUAAAGUGUACAGCGUUUUCGUCAGAAGCCGCCGUCAGUCUUACAAUCAAGGUGGAGCUGCAGGAGUAUCAGGAUAUACAAACGGCGGUGGAUCACAAGGAGGUGGAGGAGGAGGAGGACAAUGCGCUUGUGCUCCUGCUGCUUCUGGAUGUCCAGCUGGACCACCAGGUCCUCCAGGUCAACCAGGAGAAGAUGGAACUCCUGGUGAUGCUGGACAAGACGGUCAAGCUGGUCAAGCUGGUGCUCCCGCUGAUUCAUCAUCUUCUUCUCAAGACUGCGUGAAAUGCCCACAAGGACCACCAGGACCUCCAGGUUCUGACGGUCCACCAGGACCAGCAGGUCCAGACGGAAACCCAGGACAAAGCGGACAAGGAGGAGGAGCAGGAGAGGCAGGUCCACCAGGACCACCAGGAGGACCAGGACCAGAUGGAAACCCAGGAGCUCCUGGAUCCGAUGGACAACCUGGAGCACCAGGAACCCGAAGCGUUAGCACUCCAGGACCUGCUGGUGCACCAGGAGAGGCCGGACCUGCUGGAGGACCCGGACAAUCCUUCGAUGCCGGUCCAUCACCUGCUGGACCACCAGGACCUCCAGGAGCUCCAGGAAACGAUGGUACUCCAGGAGCCCCAGGUAACCCCGGACAAAAUGGUGCUGAUGGUCAACCAGGAUCCGAUGCUGCUUAUUGUCCCUGCCCACCUCGUACCGCCUUCGUUGAAGGAGGAGGAGGAGGAAAUUACGAUAAUGCAGCUCCACCACCAGCCCCAUCAGGAGGAUACUCCGCCGCAGUUCAAGCUCCAGCACCUGCCGCAGCAGGAGGAUACUCUAGCGGAGGCGGAGCUCCACCUCCAGCCCCAGCCCCAGCCCCAGCCCCAGCAGGAGGAUACUCGAGCGGAGCCGCAGCUCCACCACCAGCCCCAUCUGGAGGAUACUCUAGUGGAGCUGGAGCUCCACCACCUUCAGGAGGGUAUGCUUCAGGUGCACGUAAUCGGGGAGCUCGACAACUUUAA